AUGAAGUUUUCCAUUCCGAUGCCCGGUGGUGGUACCGGGCUGGCCCUCUUCUCCAAACUGAUUCGCACGAAGGAUCUGCGCAAGCUGCAGGAGGAGGACCCGAACAGUACAAAGCCCAAGCUAACCAAAUGUCUCACCACACUCGAUCUGACCUCGCUCGGCGUGGGCUCCUGUUGUGGCACCGGCAUGUACCUGGUGGCCGGUAUGGUCGCGCGAAACAUCGCCGGACCGGGUGUAGUGCUUAGUUUUUUCAUAGCAGCCGUAGCUAGUAUAUUUUCAGGCGCCUGCUAUGCUGAGUUCGGUGUACGAGUGCCACACACGUCCGGAUCCGCGUACAUGUAUUCUUAUGUUUCCGUGGGAGAGUUCGUAGCGUUUGUUAUAGGAUGGAAUAUGAUAUUAGAAUAUUUAAUUGGUACGAGCGCGUGUGCCUGCGCCCUUAGUGCAAGCUUCGAUUCGCUAUCGGGCGGCUUCAUAGGUAGAAGCAUAGCAGCCUCAGUGGGGACCAUAUUCGGGCGGCCACCGGAUUUCAUCGCAUUCGGCAUUACGCUCGUAAUGACGUGCAUACUGGCACUCGGUGCUAGCAAGUCGGUGCUCUUCAACAACGUUCUCAACACGGUGAAUCUUGCAUCGUGGGUAUUUAUACUAACUGCAGGCUUGUUUUACGUCGACACCAACACCUGGACCGAGCACGAAGGUUUUCUGCCCUUUGGCUGGAGUGGGGUAUUUACCGGAGCGGCCACCUGCUUCUACGCCUUCAUCGGGUUCGACAUUAUAGCAACCACCGGCGAGGAGGCUCACAAUCCGCAGAAAAGCAUUCCAAAAGCAAUCGUUGGCUCGCUAGUGAUCGUCCUGAUAGUGUACGUUACCAGCAGCUUCAUCCUUACAUUAGUUGUUCCUUACGAUCACAUCGACACUGGAUCGGCGCUGGUGCAAAUGUGGACCUACGUUGGAGCGCCCAAGUGUCGUGCGUUGGUUGCCAUCGGUGCCACGGCCGGACUCAGCGUGGCCAUGUUCGGGUCCAUGUUCCCAAUGCCGCGCGUUAUCUACGCCAUGGCACAAGACGGCUUAGUAUUCCGACAGCUUUCGCAGCUGUGGGCAAGAACCGGUGUACCAGGAAUUGCCACGAUCGGCAGUGGCAUAGCGGCUUCUCUCGUUGCUCUUACCGUGCAGCUCGAAGUUCUGGUUGAGAUGAUGUCCAUCGGAACGCUGCUUGCGUACACGCUCGUAUCGACUUGCGUCUUGAUCCUGCGCUACCAACCGCACAGUACGUCGCUGGUUGAUCUACUACCGGCGCAGCUUCGCACACCACAGCCACCGAGUACACCGGAUCCUACUACUCAGCAGCGUGUCAAUGCGAAUGUAAUGGUAAAGAAAAUAAUGCGCGGAUCGCCCGACUCCGAUGACAGCUAUGGUGAUGACAGCCCGGAAGAAUACAUGGGUCGGGACGAUCAGUUCCUGGUGUCAGAUCGCACGGAGAGCAAAUUUUAUGGGGCAGUCCAUGGAACAUCACAAGGAGUCGACGACACUUGCUCGAUAUGGGGAUGCGAUUACCUGGGGCGUAUAAUUCAGCAGUAUUCCUACCUUUGUCCGGGAUUUUUCCCUUGGAUUAGACCCGGACCGGCAACUCACGAAACAGGCAUGUACGUAACGAAGCUAGUAGGACUGAUGUACGUGUGCAUAUUUUUACUCGAUCUCUUCAUGGCCAUUGGACUGACGGGGACGUUCUUUUCGCUAGCGUACACCGCACUGGUGUUGACCAUCAUUUGGAUUUUGCUCGUCAUUUCACGACAACCUCAGAAUCGAUAUGCGCUGUCAUUCCUCACGCCGGGACUUCCAUUCAUUCCCACGAUCGCAAUUACGGUGAACAUGUAUCUAAUAUUCAAGCUCAGUAUUCUCACCCUGGUACGGUUUACCGUCUGGAUGACGCUCGGUUUGAUCAUGUACUUCUACUACGGCAUUACACACAGCUCGUUGGAGAACCCGAGUGAAGAGUUUGAGCUAACCGUCGAUCAUAAUGGCACGGCAGAUGGGAGUAUAAAACUGGACGUUCCUCCCAUUACCACCAAAAAGCCAAGCAAACGCCAGCAUGCCGAACCUGUCUGGGAUCGGCAUGGCUACGAGAACCGCAUGGCCACGAAUGACGAAGGCGAGUGCCAGUGGUCUGCAACGAACCAGCAGCAUAACAACACCAAUUCAUACAACUGGAACUCCAACGAUGCUUGGGGCGAUCGAACGAUCUACGAUCCACCGCCACAGUCAACGAACAUUUUCCAACCGCCACCAUCGACGAACUCCGCAACAUCGGCUCGCCCAACGACCGAGGCUAAAAAGGAUGGCUUCGGUAUGUUUUACAACGAGUCUGCAACCUACCCAACAUGGGACGACUAA